AUCACUUCCUGUAAACAAAACAACGGCAGCUGUCAGCGGAGUCUGGGGGUUUCGGUAUUUUCGAGCAAUUUUUCCGUCGACGUUUAUCUAUUCCGAUCAUGGCCCAGACCGGGGUAGUUUUGGACAAGGACCAAUUUAACUGCUCAAUAUGUCUGGACGUGCUCAGGGACCCCGUAACCAUCCCAUGUGGGCACAGCUACUGCUCGGUGUGUAUCCAAAACUACUGGGACCAGGACGACUACUUGGGGAUUUUCGCUUGUCCCCAGUGUAGGCAGAACUUCACCCCGAGGCCUGUUUUAGCUAGAAACACUAUGCUAGCAGAUGUUGUGGAGAAAUUUAAAAAUACUAGACUCCAAGAUGCACCUUCUGUUGCUGCUGCUUUGCCUUCAAACCAGAUGAUCGCAGAAGCAGGAGCAGGGGACGUAGCGUGCGAUGUUUGUACGGGGAGGAAAAACAAAGCAGUCAAGUCGUGUCUGGUUUGUCUGGCCUCGUACUGCGAUCAUCACCUGAAGCCUCAUUACGACUCAGCGGCCUUUAAGAAGCACAAGUUGGUUUCUGCGACCCAAAAUCUCCAAGAGACUAUUUGCCCCAAACACGAUAAGUUACUGGAAGUCUACUGCCGCACGGAGAGACAGUGCAUCUGCUACCUCUGUCUCACGGAUGAGCACAAGGGACACGACACGGUGCUGCUUGAGGCGGAGAUACAAGACAAACAGAGGCAGCUUGGUGAAAUGAGACAAAACUCACAGCUUAAAAUACAACAAAAAGAAAGAGAGGUUCAUGAACUAAAGCAGGCCAUUUUCUCUCUCACUCGUUCUUCCCGUGCAGCUGUAGAGGAGACGGACCACGUUUUCACAGAACUGAUCCGGUCGAUUGAGUUAAAGCGUUUUGAAGUGAGAGAGUUGAUCAAAGCUCAGGAGAAGACUGCGGUCAGUCAGGCCGAGCAGCUCCUGGACAAGAUUCAGAAAGAGAUCACUGAACUGAAGAAAACUGAAGCAGAGCUGGACACACUGUCACAAACCGACGACCACAUCAACUUUUUGCAGAGCUGUCAAUCUUUGGCCCCUCCCCCUGACCUCUCGGUGUUACCUCCGAUCGCCUCUGACCCAAGCCUUACCUUUGGUCCAGUGAUGACCGCAGUGUCUGACUUCAAGGGACUGCUGCAGGAAGUCUGCCAGGGCGGGUUUGUCAGCAUCUAUGAAAAAGUGAGAGAUGUGGUGAUUGUGGGUCCAGUGAGUGUAGUAGAGCCGCUCGACACAGCUCAGCCCAUUGUUGUGGAGGACACAGCAACAGAACAAGCACAAGCCAUGAAUCUUCCAGUUGGUUUAGAGCAGCACCCAGUGAACCCCCUCAACCCUUUUCUCAACCCAGGACCAACUGUGUCAAAUUUUGUCUUCAGUACACAUGGCUCUGUCAAACUUUCCCUUGGAGCCAGGCAGAGACACCAGCGCCGGAGCCAUUCAAGGAGAAAAUAGACAUUAUAAUAAACAUUUUUAUUAUUACCGGUACUUUCUUUUUAAUCAGCGCACUGACACAUGUGCUAGAUAUACAUCACAAUUUUGUUUACUCCCAUUGCAUUUUUGGUUUUAAGCAGAAGAAACUGAGCCUCCAUCACAUUUUGACAGUAUCACCUCUGCCUUAAGUAUUUUGGUUUUAGUAUGCAAUAGUUUAUUAUUAUUUUAAAUUCAUAUCAGUUUAUCAUCGAUUUGUAUUUAUUUUGUGACUGGCAUUAAAACAGCAAAAUGUGUGAAAGUUAAUGCUUACUGCGUCAUUUAUCCGAGUAUCCCCAUGCAUGUUUUUGGACAGAGGAACUUGGACAAAGUGAGUUGGUAUGAAAACUUUUUAAUCAAAGCGCACCAUUUGUCUGUUCCCUCGUUGAUGAGAUUUAUAAAACGUUAUAACUUGUCUCUCCAUGUGGCAGCCUCUUGCAGCGAUAGUAAAACUGUUGAGUUGUGA